UUACCCAAGGAGGAUUCAUUCAUAAGACCAAAUCUGCUUGUUUGUACCGUAAUUUUAUCCUGUAUCCACCGGGUCUUGCCGCCAAACGGACUUUAUGGAUCUAUCGAAGUGAGGAAGGAAGAACCGAGGACUGGGGACAAUUUAUAUCCCCAUUUUUUUGGCGGGGAAGUGGAUUAAAUAUUCUCCAUGCAACUUUUUUGGAAAGACAGCAGGAGCAGCUCCGCCGAAAACAGCAACAACUCUAUUAAAGGUGCCACGCUCCCUUUCGGUCCCCCCGGGGAGAUGUACCAAGGGUUCCCCGGCGACCACGACAGCGGUUCCCGUGGAAGCUCAUCUCCAUCCAUAGAGUCCCAGUACCUUUCCUCCGUGGACUCCUUUGGGAGCCCGCCGACCACCAGUGCUCCCCAGGAGUGUGUGUCAGCCGGAGCUGGCUUGAGCAUUGUGGGCAGCGGGCCAGGAUCCAGCGCCGGAGGGGAGAUGCCCGGCUCAUUUGUGCCAACUGUCACUGCCAUCACAACCAGCCAGGACCUGCAGUGGAUGGUUCAGCCUACACUCGUCUCCUCCCAGGCCUCGGGACAGAGCGGCACCACUGGCACCUCCACAAUGACACAGCCGGUGUCACUGGUUGACCCUUACGACAUGCCGGGCCCGAGUUAUUCUUCCGGGUCCGGAUUCACACCUCCGAGUUCGGACACCCCCGGUCCGGCUACGGGUCCCAUUCGCCACUCCAGAACCCGUAGUCGUCGCACGCGAGAGGAGUCUGUGAGUGAAGACGGAGAUGUUGGUGUGUUACUGUCCCCGGAGGAGGAGGAGAAGCGGCGUGUCCGUCGAGAGAGGAACAAACUGGCCGCCGCCAAAUGCAGAAACCGGCGGCGGGAGCUCACAGACAGACUGCAGUCGGAGACAGAUAACCUGGAGGAGGAAAAGGCCGAGCUGGAGGCGGAGAUCUCCGAGCUCCAGAAGGAGAAGGAGCGCCUGGAGUUUGUGCUGGUGGCCCACCAGCCCAACUGCAAGAUCCUCUACCAGGAGCAGCCGCCGCCGGGCUCCACGCCGCUCCCCGCCCAGACCUUACAACCCUCUGCCUCCAUUGUGAGCUUGGCAGUGAAGGAAGACUCUUUCUUUCUCCCCGCUGCCUACACAACAGGCCACCCGGCCUCCUCGCAGUCGCAGCAACAGCAGCAGCAGCAGCAGCAGCAGCCGCCUCACCCCGGGAUGAUGCAGGAGGUAGAGUUUUCUCGUUCUUUCUAUGGCUCGAGUGAGGCAGUGACGCUCGGCGGGCCGUGCCUCAUGGCCGGCGACGGGGGCGACGGCGGUUGUGGUGGCGGUAACCGUGACGAUGCGACCAUUGCCAACCACAGCACCUCAUACACAUCUUCAUUUGUGUUCACCUACCCAGAGGGAGCCUGCGGGGUCAGUGCCAACCAUCGGAACAGCAGUAGCGAGCAGUCAUCUGAUUCCUUGAACUCGCCCUCCCUGCUGGCGCUCUGACUGACCGACAAAACGCGCGUAACUUAUGCUUGACGACGGUAUGGGGUGACGCCCCUUUGAGCGGUCUUGCAGAUUGAGUAAAAGAAACACAAAAAUUUAAGAAUUCCACGAGCGAGCCAUGCCAACUUGAGUGUGGCGCUAUGUGAAUCCGACAUAUGAUCCACGUUAGACUCAUGUGCACCCACCUCGUUCCCUCUGAGGGUCCCUCCUUUCAUUCACUCUUUCAUCCCUCCCUCCUCUUUUUGAAGAGUUGUAUUAGCGCACAAAAGGAGGAGAGACAGAUUGCACUCACCACCGCCAAGCCUUCAUCCCGUUUUUCUUUUACAAUUCCUCUGCCAUGCUUCUCCUCCUCUGUCUCUUGUGUUUCUCCUCCUCUCUCUCUCUCUCUCUCUCUCUAAAGUCCCCGACCCCCGAGAGCCCGAAGACCCCCGAGAGUCCUUGGAACCUUGAGUGAAAACACACACAGACCACCUUAACCUGUCAGGUUAAGACGCAGAAGACCUGGAUCAGGAUUCUGGAUUCCUAAAGAGCUCACACCCCCGGACGCUUGCACACACACACACACACACACACACACACACACACACACACACACACACACACACACACAGACACACACACA